AUGGGUGCUGAAUUUGUGGACUCUGGUUUAACAUCUGAAUUAACUGCUCACGGUAUACAACAUAACCUUAUUGACCCCCCUACCAUUUACUUUUCGAAACCUAAUUUUCCAAGUUACAGUGAUGACGAUUCCACAGUUGCUUACUGGAAUCAAGUUCUGUUUGCUAUCGCUGGUUUACCAGCUACUUUUGAACAUACCUUCAUUGUUAAAGACUCUCACAUUUCACCCAUUCUUCUUGGAGAAGAUUUUUGGGCCAAAUAUGCUAUCCUUUGUCAACCUGGUGUUCGAUUUGAGUAUAAUCAUUUAUCCAUCCCAACGAUUCCAAUUGCUGAAACCGAUGUCUGCUUCACGACUAAUGAUACCAUUAUCAACGGAUUAGAUCCACUGCUUCCACCUACUUUCACUGAGAUGCUCCAACCAUUCAGAGCUACACCAGGGGAUUUUACACUCCCUCUUGCCAGGCCUGAUGACUACCUUAUCACCAUUGAUACCACCGCCACCUGUCCUAGAAAUCGCCCACUACCAACUUAUUCACUUGCUGCCGAGAAGUUUAUUCAAGAACUUUAA